CACUCACCUUGGUCACAUUGAUACUUUACAAGGCACUAAGAGAUAAGAGAUUCGGUUCUCUCACGAACGAAGUCCGAAUCGUCACUAGCAAUCUAUGUAAUAUCCGUGAAAAAGAAAAUCAACUUCUGUACAACCCUCGGUUGAGGUAAGUUAAGGUAAGCUAUAACAUCAACGUUCCACUUCGAUCAUGGACGAACUUCCUCAUUCCAUAUUGAGACAUUUCGAUAUAUCUUCUUCUCCUUACACAUCGGAAGUAGUGCAGGCUAUCACGUUGAGAAGAGGCAGGUACCCCGAAGGAAAGUUGUUUUUGGACAGAUUGUUAGAAUUGGCAAAUGUGGAUGGCCAAACAUUAUACCCUCCAACUUCCCCAGCGGGUUUACGUCGAUUACUCCACGCUAUCCAUUCUUCCCCCGUGGACAGGUUGAAAAGAGAUUGUUUCUUCUACUAUCUUCUCAAAGAUUACCCCUCCACCGAUAUCCCCAAUUCGCAAAAGGUCUCGCAGGAUGACGCAAAUGGAGACUCCAGCUCAGGUGAUGUAUCGAAUGAUGAUAUGGUAACCGACGACCCUCAUCACGUGAGCGAUGGUGUCGAAUAUCAUACGGGGAUGGGACAAGGGGAAGAAAAAGAGGGAGAAGAUGAGGGAGAAGAAGAGAAAGCUGAGAAAUUUGCCAGACGGAAAGGAUUACCAAGAGUUUGGAGAGUCUUCAUGAGUGGUUAUUGGAAUUUGGAUCAUGAACGAUGGGAGGAUGCCGUCCAUCAUCUCUCAGACCCAGCUAUAACAUCCCUUAAUUUCACUUCCACCAUUCUUCAAACCCUUUCCACCCUUCCUCCCUCCUCUCUAUCCCUUUCACUCAUCCAUAAAUUCCUCACCUCCGUUCAUCCUCCUCUCAUCACAAUGGAAGAAAACCUUCUCCGUCUCUUCUCCCUCGCUCACGUAUCGUCCCUCUCUACAGCUUUCAAUCAAAUACGUAUUCUCCCACUUGACAAAUCAAAACUUUUCUCUUCUCUCUUAUGUUGGUUAUUCGGUAUACCCGAUAUACCUUGUGGUUCUGAUACUCCCAUGGUCCAAACACGUUUAUUGAAAGAAUUAAUUCAUCUCCCUUUAUUGGAAGAAGAACAAAGUAAUUUGAUCGAAUUCUUACAUCAUCCACCUAAGAGAAUGUCUAGAGAUACGAAGGAAUUAUUGGCGGAUUUGGUUACGUUGAGAUUAGUACAUACUGGACAAUAUUCUGAGAGUUUACAAUUAGAUAAAGAUUUAGCUGGAGGGAUAGGAAAUGAAGAAGAAAGGUAUAGAAGGAGAGAAAUGGUUAGAGAAUUCAUUGGGAUUUUACCAGAGGCUCAAAGAAGGGUUUUAAUGUUAGAUUCUUAUUCUUAUCCUUCAAAUACAUCCUUAUCUACUAUACCAUCCACAAAUCCCGUCUCAAUCUUAUCAAAUAACCAAUUCGACACCACCGUAAAUCCUGGGGAUGUCAAACAUAAUGGUCAUCGACUCGUUGAACCUCAAAUAUCCACUACGACAUUGAACGGUCAUGGAGAGACAGAUGUCGAAAUGUCAAUGUCGGAUACUUGGAUAUCAAUCCCUCAUCCCAAUUCCACGCUCAUGAAGGAUGAUCAACCUGAAACUUCUAAAUCAUCCAAAGACCUACAGAUAUCAAGUUUAUCAGAUAGACCAAAUUCUUCUUCAAUCGGAUUAGGUAUAUCUAAAACUAUCUCACUUCAAUCCAGAAAUAGAGCCGCAAGUCCUUUUUCCGGUCCACCGAAAUUCGCAACGUCAGCUUCUAAUUCACCUAUCAAAACAAGAGUAGCAAGUGGUAGUCCAUUUACGUUACCUAAAUCAAUACAAGAUGAUACGACACCGACAAAGAAAAUACCUAGGACAAGGAAGAUUAUCAAUGACGAUUUAUCUUCUGAACACUCAAAUCCAACCUCUGAUCAUAUACCCACUCAACCUUUUACUCAUACUUUACCCACUUCCACUCCCAAAAUCAUGACGACGAAACAUGUGGAACCAAUCACCAAUUUACCUCCGCGUUCUUCUUCCAUUCAACAUGCUCCACCUAAGAUCAUCGAGGACCAAGAAGAGAAGAAUCAUUUCAAAGAAGUUGGUGAUUCGUCUAAACAACAACGUCGUUCAACUCGUUCAUCUAAACCGAAAUCACAUCAUGAACCAAUAUUACAGGAAACAGACAUUGAAACAAUCCAAAGCAAAAGAGUACAACAUGAAGAAGAAGAUGAUGAUACUGUUUUUAUGCCUGGCUCGUUCAAUCCACCAUCUCCACCUUCAAAAACGAGACGUGUCACUCGUGCAACUUCUGAAAUACCUAAUACUCGGAAUUCACGAGCUACAAGAUCCAUGUCACGCGCUUUGGAAGAUGAAGAACCCAAUUAUCCUAGUAAAAGACAAAGAGGGAAACAUAAGGCUAGAGCUAGUAUAGCUAGUAUGGAGACUGUAUUGGAGACACCGGCAGUUAGGAGGAGCACCAGGAGAGCGACUACUCAGGAUCCGAGUGAACGUGGAAGUCCACCACCUGUGGUGGGUACUAUACCUAGGGCGAGGAGAGGAAGGGGAGGUACAGCUACACCGAGGGCGAGACGAAAGGCCUAAGUCGUACGACAUUGUGAUGUGGUCUUGGCAUAGCUUUUCGAAGUCAUGCAUGCUUGGGCUUGUCAAUUGUCAAGAGUACGAGGGAAACAAUUGGACGAUAAAGGAGAAAUAAGGGGACCAUGAGAGGGCAGGAGGGGAUCGAGCAGUCGGAUUUGAACCUUGAAGGGAAGAAUGAGCGGUAAAUCCAAGGUGAGAUGGCAAUGCGGAAAACGUAAGUUGGAUCCAGAAAAGUCGCAUGCACUCAUAUAUUUUC